UCCACAAUUAAAGUGUCGUCGGGUGAACCCCAUGGCUUCGCUGCCCCUUCCGCCUUCUUCAUCCUUGCUCGGCUGUCGUCGUUCCUUUGCUCCUGCUCCUUCGGUUCUCCCUUUUCCUCGCCCAUCAACGGGAGCCCUGCAGAAAUCGACCCGUAGGAAGAAGUUCUUCGUUCCAGCUGCUGCUGCGGUGCUGGAUGAGGCCCCGGUGCUCGAUCCGUCGCAAGACCCUAGGGAUGCCGUCGAUUCCUUGAAGCUGAAGCUUCAUAGUGCAGUUUCAGGGUUGAAUAGAGGCCUUGCAGCUAGUGAAGAAGAUCUGAGAAGAGCAGAAGCUGCUGCCAAAGAGCUUGAGUCUAUAGGAGGAACAGUUGAUCUAACAAUAGACCUAGAAAAACUUCAAGGAAGAUGGAAAUUAAUCUUUAGCAGCGCUUUCUCUUCUCGCACGCUUGGUGGAAGCCGUCCUGGACCUCCAAUAGGCAGGCUAAUUCCAUUAACUCUUGGACAGGUUUUCCAACGGAUUGAUAUAUUUAAUAAGGACUUUGACAACAUAGUGGAGCUUCAGUUGGGCACACCAUGGCCGCUUCCGCCGAUUGAGGCUACAGCUACUUUAGCUCACAAACUUGAAAUUAUUGGGACUUCUAACAUAAAGAUAACAUUUGUCAACACUACUAUAAAGCCCACGGGGAGCUACUCUCAGCUUCCACAGCUGGAAAUUCCUCGUCUUCCAGAUUCACUGAGACCUCCUUCCAAUACAAGGAGUGGUGAGUUCGAAGUCACUUAUGUUGAUAGAGAUACUCGCAUCACUCGAGGAGACAAAGGGGAGCUUAGAGUUUUUGUCAUCUCAUGAGCACCAGUACAUUUCUCUUCUUCAAGUUCUUUCUCUUGCCCAAUGCAGGCGCUUAAAAACAAACAUAAGUUGGACCAGGCCAUCACUACCAACCUGACCUGGAGCUCUGUUCUUUCCAUCGCCGGCCGAACCAAUUUAAUUAAUUCAAGACAGAGACCCACCAAAUCGGCAAACUGUACAUGGAGGUGGCUACAUAUGCUCUCUUACUCAGUUCCACUCUCAUGCAUGCUAUGGAUUCAGAAUGAGAGAAGACGUUGUGCUGGUCCAAGACGCCGUCCACGGCUUGCUCCACCAUGGCAAGAACUGGCUCGCCCAACCCCUUACCUUCUCAGCACCGCCCACCGUCCCCUUCGCCCACCACCUGCUCGAGGGCAGCUGCGCUACUGUCUCCGACACGUCCAUGUUCAUCAACCUCGAAAGCGAUGGCUUGGAUGACGCCCGGAGUGAGCACGGGCUGAGCAUGAUCACGCUUCUCUUGGACUGCGCGGUGGCAAUUUCCGCCGACGACUUGGCCGAGGCUAAUAGGAUGCUGCACGAGCUGACCCAACUCAGCCUCUCCUUACUCUGCUUCCUGCGCCGAGCGCGUGGUGGCUUACUUCGUCAAGGCCAUGGUUUCCAGGGCGAUGAACUCGUGGACAGGCAUCUUCUCUCCGCUGAUGAUCCCCCACAAGGUCAUUCUUUCUUGCUUCGAGACCUGUCCCCAGGGCGUAGCACAGAUGGAGAGUGCAUGGUUCUGUGACUGAAAGGUCCAGGGGUCGAUCCUCGGGGUAUCACUACCUGGGGUUAACGUCUCCGCUAUGCACUUUCCACCUGUGUACCUGCAUUUAUUUCCCUCCAUAUCCGUGGGACCGGCUCUAGGGGGGCCGUUGAUGUGACGGUUCCACAUUUUUUUCUUGCUUCGAGACCUUCAACAACAUGUCGCCUUUCGUCAAGUUCACGUACUUCACGGCCAACCGGGCCAUCUUGGAAGCAAUUCACCGAGCAGAUAGAGUGCGCGUCGUCGACCUAGACAUCAUGCACGGCCUUCAGUGGCCGGCGUCUCACCAUCUUCCAUGGCGAUGGAACGGUGAAGCUGGGGUGGAAGGGGACAGCGUUCUACAAGGCAUCGGCAUGGACAGCUGUGCCACGGUAUUAUAAUGUGUAAGCUAAAAUACAUCAAAUACUAAUGGAUACAUUUAUUUUGCUUUUCUUCCAAAUUUUGUAUUAAAUAAACAAACGAAAAAUUAUACUAUAUCUUCCUUGAAUUUUAGAAUC